AUGGACAAUUUACUCCAACAGAUGCCUAAGCCCAAACUCUACGGUACCAGCAGAAUCAAUCUAUUGUCACAGAAGGCCGUCGCCGUGUAUGAAAUUGAAGAGGCAAUCCGCAAGCUUGAAGGAGCAUUUAAUAUGUUUCUUGAAGCGGAACCUGAAGCCUCCAAUAGCACCAGUAUUGCUCUCAACAAACGCGUUCUUACCGCUCGCAUCUCUGCGCUGUCUCUAAUAGUUUCUACCCUCUCAGAGGAUGAAAUAGUACAAACCAGGAACUCUCCCGCAACGCCUGACUAUAAACUCGCGGAAAAUAUUCGGCCUUCAUUAGACAUUCUUGCCAAAACGGACUUCCUGGAGAACGAAUCUUUACCAGCUCCAGGAACGCGAGCUUCAUUUGUACCACUUUCUGAUGCUGUUGACGCGUUGGCAUCUGCUCUACUUGCUGGUGUUCAUAACCUUGCCAAAAAUUCUGACGUCUCUGGAAUAGAUAUCAACAAAACUGGCGAUGGGGCCCGUUCUGAGCAUGAACACAGGGAUUUCAGUGACAUUGGUGGCAAAAGAAGUCAAUCUCCGAGGCCCCGGAUGGAACGACCCGAAACAAACAGCAUUGUUCGUCGUCCUACACCAUCCAACGCUUCUGCCACAACAACCUCUGGUCUAACCGGUGUCACUGAUCCCGACUCAACUUCUCCAAUGACGUUCCCCACUUCCCAUGUGCGCACAAGCGUUGAGAUGCAAGUGGAAGACUUAAAGCAGUCUCUCGUGUCUAGUUCCCCUUUUUCGUCGCAAUCUAUCUCUUUGGCGUCAACUCACCCCGGUUAUGAAAACGCAGGAUGGACAACUUUGCCAUAUUUGUGCAACACCUCUGCCCCUUAUUCACCCUCUUCCAACAUAUCGUUUAUAGUUGGCCCAAUACAGGCCUCUGUUGCUAUACCCCCCAAAGUCAAAAUAUUCGAUCGGAGUGCUGGCUCAUCCUCUGCAAACUCUGCCUCUGUUGAUGCAAAUGAACUCUUACCCGGUCAAGGUGAGAAAAACAGUGUUCGCAGUUCUAGGGAUAUUUUUGCCAGUAUAAAACAAAUCCCCCUAACUGUGCCGUCUCCGGUUGUAUCUGCGACUUCAAAAGGGCGCGUCUCUCGGACUAGGGUUUCUGUCUCGCCUCCUCAAGCUCUAGAUACUCCGAAAGGAAAGGCUCGUGUAUCUGCGACCAAGAAAAAGAUACCUACGAUUCAGAAUGAGUCUAACGACGGUGGAAAAGAGACCAGCCCUCGACGAAGCUCGCGUUUAAAUUCGAGCAAUAGUCCGUAUGCCCGACCCAAGUCACCCAACUAA